AUGUUUCUUUGCAAACCCAAACCGACGGACAAAUGGCUCGAUGCACAGUGCGAUGGUACGGCGGCCCUCCACACGCUGCCCUCCUGCAUGACGCUGUGUGAUCUGAAGAACGACAGUUACUACCAGCUGAUCGUGGUCGAUGUGCCGAUGCUGGAUUUCGAGGCCAAACCGAAGCUGAAGGUGUACAAGGGGACGAAUCUGGUGAGCGAACAGCACCUGCCCGGGAUACCGUGUGCGGUCGAGAGUCUUUACAUUGGCGACCAGGAACCAAGGAUACCGAUAAUUGCAGUAGCCGUAGAAUCAUCCGUCCUGUUCUACCGUAACCUCAAACCGUACUACAAAUACACACUGCCGAGCCUCACGGUGGAACCGCUCGAGAUGGAUGUAUGGGAACGGAUGCCGAACGAACGUGGCGAUGCACUGGAUGCCCUUAUCGAAAGCUUACGCACGAUCGAACCCUCACAGAUGACGCUACAGACGCAGGAACUGCUUAGUCUGCCGGAUGGCGAGCGUGGUGGCUACAUUCAGGCCUGUGCGGAACGUAAACUGGAACGACUUUCGAUCAUCACCGCGAUGACGACGAUCAAGAAAGCGUCCACAGAAACGAAGGCCGCCUCUUGCCUUAUCCUGGCGACCGAAUGCGGUGAACUGUUGCUGCUCGAUACGCAAGCGUUCGGUGUCCUGGCACAGGCCAAGUGUGGUCCAUUCCGUGGGACACCGAGUUUACUGUCAGCGAGCGGCCAAUACGAUGUUGAUUAUCGCGUAGUGAUAGCGACACGAGAAGGAUCUCUCUAUCUGCUACGAAAAGGAUGGCUAGCAGGGCAACAUAUCGUCCGGUUGGAAGCACCGGCCGCCGGAUUGGCCCUGCUACCGAUCGACCAAACGAUCGUGGUGGUGUGCAUGAACCGGACACUCGUCUGUUACUCGAAGAAAGGCAAGAAACUGUGGAUGGUCCGGUUGCCACAGCCAGCCGUCUGCAUGACGCCCGUCUGUCUACCUCAUCUCGGCAUCAAUCUCGUGUGCGUUGGGCUGAAAGGAGGCCUGGUCCAAUUCUACAGCCAACGGAAGCUGGUCGAUCAGUUCUACGCUCCGGAAUCGGUCGCUUCACUCACCUUUGGCCGCCUGGGGCAGGAAGAGCACGUCCUCGUGCUGGUCACCGUCGAUGGAUCACUGAUCGUGAAGAUCCUAAAGCGGACGGCCGAAUUCGUGACGACGGAGAACAUCUACGGCGAUGAUAGCACCGCCCCACCACCCGGACAGCUACAGAUACCGAAGAAAACGAAGAUCUUUGUCGAGCAGACGCUGAGGGAAAAGAGCCAUGCGGCCACGAUCCAUGGUUCGUUCCAGUCGGAGUUGUGGCGGAUGCGAUUAACGACGGCCCGAGCCACGAUCGAUGUAAUCAACUCGGCCGACAGCAACAUGUCCACGGUGGAUGUUGGAUUGGCACCGCUUAAACUGGCCGCGGAAGUGCUCGGGUUGGGCCCGGUGUUCAAAUUGUUUCUGGUGCUGGAGAAUAUCUCGAGCCGGAAGGAAGCCACUGGGCUAAAUCUGCUCAUCCAAGCCGACCAUCGGCACUAUCUUGUCGAUCGACCGUAUCUUAGCCUACCGAUGCUGGUUCCUGGGGCACCGGUACGGCUGGAUUUUCGUGUCACCGUGUCCGUCGAUCCGGCCGAUGGUCUACCGCCGGUUGAUUUGACACCGGAGAACUCCUACCUCAAGGUGUUGGUCUUUAAGACGGGUCAGACCAAACCGCUCAUCGCUUCAACCGUGGUUAUGCCGCAACCGGAGCCGCAGAUACUGAAUUCCUUCUGA